CACCCAGGAACGUGACCUCUUCAGACCGCUGUUUCCUGACAAGAAAGCGAGGGGGGUGGGUGUAACGAGGUCUCGGCGUGUCUCUCUCAUAGAGACCCCAGGAUCGUUGAUCCGGCGCUCACUACGUGCCCGGCGCCGCGCGCGGUGCGGACGGCGAUUUCUCUCGGGUCGCGCGAGAUCCGUACAACAGCUUCUCACCCUAACACCUGGUGUACCAAGUGCCACCAUGUCUCAUGCACACUCGAGUGUGAGCGCCAGAGCGGGCUUCGUGCGUCCUGUCCUCCCGGAUCCCGGCACCAAGAGCGGUGCGGGCGCGUCCUGAGUCGGACGGAGAGUUGCGGAACGACGGGAUCCAUCUGAGCGCGCGUCCGCGGGGCCAGAGCCGGAGGGAGCGCGCGGCGGAGGGAGGGGAAGUACGGGGUGCCGCGGCGCUGUCCGGUCACCAGCACGCCGCCUCGCCCUCACCCCUCCGUCCCUCGGAGCCCUGGACUCCACUCGCGCGCCAGCAGCCAAAGCGUUAACGCCGCGCGGAGCCCCCCCGCGAGGCUCCGCGGGCGGCGGGGUCAGCCCGCCCACCAGGGCUAUUGGCUCAGGAGAACAAAGGGGCCGCCCCGCGGGCUUCUCCGAUAGGGCGGAGCUGGUCAUCUGAGCGGCGCGGCCAAUCAGACCGCGGGACGGCCCCGGGGAUGGCUAAGCCCGCUAGCCAAUCAGGGGCAGGCGCCCGCCCCGCCUGUCCCGGGACUGGCGGGGCCGGAGAGCCCAGUGCCCAAGUCGCCCCGGGGUGGCAGUUCCCGUUAACCUUAACCACAAAGUCAAGAUACACCUUGGAGAUGGCGCAGUUCGUUUCCAGACCCCUGCAGGAAAGCAAAUCCUGCGCUAAAGCGAAUCAAGUGGAUCUUGGGUUUCUCGAUGCAUGCGAGUUUUAUUUACACGAUACAGUAUCUGCUGCGUGUGCGACAGCUAUAGCAAGGCAAGCGCUGGUGCCCGGGAGGCCUCUGCCGAUGGAGUGUGGCCUGGCUGGUGUGAGCACAGGAGAUGGGCUGGUGAUGAAGAUCAAGCAGGAGAAGCCAGAGUGGUUGCUGCAGACGCUGGGGCCGCAGGCCGUGCUUUCCGAGAAGGAUAAAGAAAACAUCUUCCGGCAGCAGCAUCGGGGCCUCCCGCCAUGCCAGACCAUGGGGAAGCCUCGGGCCUUGGGGGGACAGGAGGAGACUGGGGGUCCACGGUGGGCCCCUCCCGCUGAGCAGGCCGCGGGGCUGGCAAGCCGGGCUCUUCCUGCCGGCGAGGGUCACUUCGUGUGCCUGGACUGCGGGAAGAGGUUCAGCUGGUGGUCGUCGCUGAAGAUCCACCAGCGCACCCACACCGGGGAGAAGCCGUACCCGUGCGGCAAGUGUGGCAAGAGCUUCAGCCAGAAGCCCAACCUGGCACGCCACCAGCGGCACCACACGGGCGAGCGGCCCUUCUGCUGCCCCGAGUGCGCGAGGCGUUUUAGCCAGAAGCAGCACCUGCUCAAGCACCAGAAGACCCACUCGCGGCCCGCCACCCACUCGUGCCCCGAGUGCGCGCGCUGCUUCCGCCACCAGGUGGGCCUCCGCAUCCACCAGCGCGCGCACGCCCGGGACCGCCAGGGCGCCCGCGCGGGGCUGCAGGAGUUGCUGCGGGACGCCGCCGCCCGUCGGGGCUGUCGCCUGCGGCCCGGGCCGCCGCGGGGCCGCCCCGAGUGGGCCUGGCUGGGGCUCUGCCAGGGCUGGUGGCGCCAGGCGGGGGCCCGGGCCGCGAUCGCCGCCGCCGCGGGGACAGGCGAGCAGCGCCAGUUCAUCUGCAAUGAGUGCGGCAAGAGCUUCACGUGGUGGUCGUCCCUGAACAUCCACCAGCGCAUCCACACGGGCGAGCGGCCCUACCCGUGCCCGGAGUGCGGCCGCCGCUUCAGCCAGAAGCCCAACCUCACGCGCCACUUGCGCAACCACACGGGCGAGCGGCCGCACCCCUGUCCGCACUGCGGCCGCAGCUUCCGCCAGAAGCAGCACCUGCUCAAGCACCAGCGCACGCACCUGCCCGGCGCCCAGGCGGCGCGCUGCCCCAGCUGCGGCCAGAGCUGCCCGAGCCGCGCCGCGCUGCGGGCCCACCAGCGCGCACACGCCGCCCCCGCCGCCCCCGCCACCGAGCCGCCGCUCCCCGGGCCCGCCUUGCGGGACGCGGCGCCACACUCCGAGCCGCCGCCCGAAGCGCCCUCGGGCCUGUCGGCGCCGCCACAGCCGUCGCGGGACCCCCAGCCGGCCCGGGGUCCGGGGGGUGUGCCUUGGGGCCGGGCGCGGGCCGGCCUGAGCGCGCCGGGCGAGCCUCGCCAGUUCAUCUGCAACGAGUGCGGCAAGAGCUUCUCGUGGUGGUCGGCGCUCACCAUCCACCGGCGCAUCCACACCGGCGAGCGGCCCUACCCGUGCCCGGAGUGCGGCCGCCGCUUCAGCCAGAAGCCCAACCUGACGCGCCACCGGCGCAACCACACGGGCGAGCGGCCCUACCUGUGCCCCGCGUGUGGCCGUGGCUUCAGCCAGAAGCAGCACCUGCUCAAGCACCAGCGCGUGCACCGCGGCGCCCUGGCGCCCACCGCCGGCGCCAAGGAUCAGGCGCAUUAGUGCGCAAGGCGCAGUGGAUACGCGGUGGGGACGGGAGGGCAUGUUGGAGGGGCCGCGGGGGCCACUAAUGGCGGUUUUUACAACCCUCGGGGGUAGAACCCGGUGAAAGAGUGAUUUCCUCAAGGCGCUGAAGGCUAGAGGACAGAAUUCCAGAAGCAUCCCCAAGGGGACAGCCCCAGGCGGGGCUGAGGAAGGAGGUAGGAUGAUACAGAUCUCACUCUGGAGCCUGGAUGUGGCCCUCGGUCCCUCAGACGUGGAACCCAGUCCUCAGACCCCAGUGAGGGUGAGGGGGCUGUGAGGGCUCUGGGAGAGGCUCCCCAGACUGUCUCAUGCAGGCAGUCCACCGCCAGAGGACAGGCUCCAGGGGGAGUCUUAACAGACUGAUGGCAAGGAUGGAAGCCAGUGGUGGUGGCUGAGGCGGGCCGAG